UUUUUGUUUGUUCUGAUCUUGUAGUGAAGAGGAAGCGAAAAAGAGAAUAUACUCUGUUUGUACAACGCUGUACACUGGGUUUCGUGCUUUUUUCUCAAAGGAUUUGAUUUUUGAACUUAGAGGGUUACCUCGUGUACGCUGGGUUUUAUCAAUUGAGUAUUUGGAUGACGAAGAUCGUUUUUUUGAAGGUGGGUAGUUUAAAGAUGAAGUUUGUUGCUUAUAGCUAUUGAAGUUGCCAUUGUCAACAAAUUUAAUCUCUUUUCUCUCAGGGGAUUUGUUUGUUGAUGGGAAAGUCCUUCGUAGACAGCAACUACCAAUGGCUGCCCUUUCAAAUACCCACUUCGCAGUUGGACGUGAUGAUGAUCUUUGGGUUAUCCCUUUCCAAUUCCCGGAAGACCAAGAACCUUCCUUAGGCGAAGAGAUCGAUCUCUACGUUAAAACUCUCGCUUCUGUUGUCGGCAGUGAAGAGGAAGCGAAAAAGAGAAUAUACGCUGUUUCUAGUGCAACAUCGUGGUAUACUGGGUUUCGUGCUUUUAUUUCUAAGAAGAUGGCUCAUGAACUUGGAGGGAUUCGAGAUUCAGAAAACGAAUAUCCGAACGAAGAUGUGCAUGGAGGGAAUUUGCUUGUUGAUGGGAAAGUCGUUUUUAGACCAACCUUUUCGAGAAUGCAACAACCAGAGUUUGGGAGACUGUUGGUAUUACUAAAUUUCGUACUGGACCAGAUACUUACCGAUAUUUAUAUUUGUAAAUUGGAAGAAACCGAAACCGACAACGGUGGCGAAACUAAUGUCAGGCGGGCCCGGAUCUUUUUCGAUUCGUAAUUUGGAAGAAACCGAAACCAAUAGCGGUGGCAAAACUGUCACGAUUACUAGAUUUCCUGGGUACAGGACCAGAUCUUUUUCAAUAUUUAUGUUCGUUUAUUAAUUCGUAUUAUUUAGGUCAACAGAAACCUUAAUCACCAUUCCUAAUAAAUAUUUGUUGUUAUUAUAUAAA